GCUCAGAUUAACUUGAGCCUGGCAUAUCUCCAGACUCCAGUGUGAUGGUGGGUCUGAAAGAAGAGAAACAAAACAGGAAGUGGGGCUCAUAGGAGGGUUGAAAGCUCUCUGGGAACUGUUAAGACUCCAGCAAAGUGAGAGCUCAGCCUGAGAGCUCCAGCAGAUUUGCCCAGAGCCGGACGAUAAAGGCAGCGGCAAGAGGAUGUUGGGGAUCAACUCUCCCCAGGCAGCAGCUGAGAUCAGCAGAGGCAGGGGAUGCUAGCAGACCGUUGUCUGAUGGGCCUCAACCUUUGGGACGUGCUCCUUUCUUGGUCUGAAAUCUGCCCAAGUUUGUUGAUCUUCUGGGGACACAGCAAAGCCCAUCUGUUCAACUGGACUGGACUGGGCUUUCAGACUGUGUUAGCUCCACUAACUGAGGAUUGCUGCUGGUGAAGUUGGCACAGAUUCAUGGGAAGAUCUUCACCUUGUGGUUGGGACAGAGCCCUGUGAUUGUAUUGCAUGGAUUCCAAGCAGUGAAAGACGGUCUAACCACCAACCCUGAAGAUGUUUCUGGCCGGCCAACAAAGCCUUUCUUCAAUGAAAAGGCCAAUGAAAAGGGGAUUAUUAUGACAAGCGGUCACACCUGGAAGCAGCAGAGACGCUUUGGGCUGAUGACCCUGCGGAACCUGGGGCUGGGCAAGAAAGGCCUGGAGCACCGAAUCCAAGAGGAGGCCCAUCACCUGGUGGAGUGCUUUAUGAAUGAGAGAGGACAGCCCUUGGACCCGUGUGUCUUCUUCAGCCAAGCUCUUUCAAAUGUCAUUUGCGCUGUGGUUUUGGGACAUCGCUUCUCCGCUGAUGAUGAGACCUUCCAGCAGCUGCUUAAAGCCAACGCCUUUGUGCUCAUAUUUGUCGGCACCCUCAGCGAAAGACUGCACAAUACUUUCCCCUGGCUCAUGGACCACCUCCCAGGACCUCACAAGAAGAUGCUGUCCUACUAUGGGUUUCUGCAUUCUUUUGUAAAGGAAGAGAUCAGACGCCACGAGGAGAGUGGGAUACCAGAUGAGCCACAGGAUUUCAUUGACUUCUACCUGGCACAGAUGGUCAAAUGCAAAGAUGACCCCACCUCUACAUUUGAUGAAGGUAACCUGAUUCAGACUAUCCUGGACCUCUUCAUAGCUGGUACAGAGAGUACAGCCACGACCCUGCGCUGGACACUGAUCAGCCUGGUGCUUCAUCCGCACAUCCAAGCUGAAUGUGUCUCCUCAGAGAAGGUCCAGAAGGAGCUGGAUGGUGUGUUGGGUCCUUCCCAAGUAAUCUGCUAUGAGGAUCGGAAGAACCUGCCGUAUACCAAUGCUGUGAUUCAUGAGAUCCAGCGCUACAGUUGCAUUGCCCCGGUUGGAGUCCCCAGACAAUGUGCGAAGGACACAACACUCUUGGGAUUACCUGUCCCAAAGGGCACUGUCAUCUUGCCAAAUAUAUGUUCCGUCUUGUCUGAUCCUGAGCAGUGGGAGACACCUCACCAGUUCAACCCGACUCACUUCCUGGAUAAGGAUGGAAACUUCAUGAGCAGAGAAGCAUUCUUACCAUUCUCAGCGGGGCACCGUGUGUGUUUGGGGGAGCGCCUGGCAAGGACUGAGCUCUUCAUCUUCUUCACCAGCCUGCUGAGGGCGUUCACGUUCAGGCUGCCGGAGGGAGUGACUGAAAUUAACACUGAGCGUAUUUUGGGGGGCCUAUUACAACCGCACCACUAUAAGAUCUGUGCCGUUCCUCGCUAGGCCGCAGCACGUCACAGAUGACCAGGAAACUCAAUAGGCGGGUGUUUCUCAUAGUGAAUUUCCAUAAGUAAACAAACUAUAAAACAAA